UCAAUCCUUCAACUCUUAUAUGGUAUCAGCCAGAACGUUCCCCUAACCACAUUCAACUUCGCUCCAUCUACGUCGUCUCUAUGGCCACCACAACUAUUCCUAACUCUGCUGAGCCACAACAACCUUUGAUGGUUGUCUCUCUCACCAACAUUAUCAAACUUAACUCCUCAAAUUAUCUACCUUGUGUUGUGGGGUUUUUCCGGUGAGAUACCUUGGAGGUUUCUUGGUAACUUUUAAAGAUUAAACAAGAUUGUAUUUUUAUAGAGAGAGAAAGUAGAGAGAAGGCAGAGCAGCAAUUGCUCUAGAAUGUAUUGAUUGUGACCCCUUUUUCUAGGGAAGUGGGAAUAUUUAUAGUACUAGGUUUUUGUGGGAAUGACCUAAUAUUCCCCUUACAUGAUUGGCUGGGGAAUGGGAGAAGGACACGUGUCCUUUCUCCUUACAAUUCUCUGAUCCCCUGUAGCAAUAGUGGGCUAUUUGGGCCUAUUGUGCUUAGUAAUUCACUUGGGAUACAUACUAAUUAAGCCCUUUUCCAGGUAUAGGUUUUAUACGUACAUUUAUACAUACUUAAAUACAUACAUUGUAGAUACCUAGAUUAAUACUCAUGCCCCGGAGUAGACUUUGCAUGAUUUCUGCUUAGGGGGCGCAAUACGUGCCAGGUGUCACAUCUUCAUUGGUGCACGAAGGCAUGGUAAUUUUGCCCACAACAUUUGCCCCUCAAGAAGGGCAUUUCUGGAAACACUUUCCGGGUAUCGCUUCUUGAUCUUUGAUUUGCAUCUUCAUCUUUGGGUCAGGUGUUGAGGGGGUGACACGUGUCACAUUUCUCUAUUUUGCCCCUCCCUAUAUAUAGAGGGGGGGGGGGUAAAUUUCAUUUUUUUACAUUUCGUUUUCACAGAGCUCUCAUAGGCGAUUUCCGGCGUGUUCCUACCACCAUCAGGCGAUUUCCGGCCACCACGAGACUCAUCCUUUUCCUCGUCAAACUCAUCCUGUUCUUCGCGAAAUUCAUCCCGUUCUUCGCGAUACUCAUCCUGUUCUUCACCAAGUACUUCGCAGAUCUUUCAAGAAGGCAUGGCUAGAACCAAGCAAACGGCAGAUCCUACGCGCCUGCGCUUGCGGGAAGGAGCAUCGACACCUCCUAGGGAGAGAUAUUCUUCCACCGCCUCGGCAGUCGACGAAGAAUUUGCCGAACUCUUUCAAGAGAUCGACGAGUACGUCGAGGCGGGGGAGCAGGCGGCAAGCUCGUCGGAGGGUACAGCGAGCCAGGCAGUGGGGGAGCCAAGCGUCGCUCCAUUGUCAUCGGCCGCCGAGGAGCAAGAAGCUGCUCCCCAGCUUAUUAGGCCCAGAGGACGGGAGGAGGCCCAAUUGCUUCCGUCAGAAAUUCACCCAGACGUGGGCUGGAUGCGGUGGCUAGACAGGCACGGAGCCAAGAUGAGGGAUGACCUCUGCGUGGGGGAAGGGUACCAAAUGCGCGUGCCGGCCGGUCUGAACUCGACCGUCAGCCUGCUUGCCGAGGGAGAAUUCCCUGUGUAUGCCGCGUCAAUCAAACUCGGCAUGAGAUUCCCUCCACACCCCUUCGUUGUGGAGGUGUUAGAUGGUUUUAAUAUUGGGGUGGCCCAGCUGACCCCCAACUCAUGGGCGGAUAUCUUUGGCUACAUUGCCAAAUGUGCGCUUAACGACGUGGAGCCGUCCUUCAACGCCUUUCUGCAUCUGGUCUCCCUCUCUCGUUCCCCCAGUGCCGCCAAAGGGUGGUUUAAUCUGAGCAGCCGUGGUACCUACCAGACAGUGGUCGGCAAGCUCAGCAAGUGGCAUAUGUGGAGGAAGAGGUGGGUCGUGUUUUACACGGACGACCAGGAGAUGUAUGAGCGAAUGAGCCGUUGGAACUGCAACGCCAACUUCAUGGAUCGUGACGAGCCCCUUCCACCCCUUACUGCCGAAGAGUGGGAUCAGAUAAUGGUCCUGUUCAGGGCCAACACUUACCACUUAACAGUGGAUAAGAGUUUCCAUGUGCCGGCCGAGUGGUUGCCGCACAUUAGCCAGUUUCGGAACGAGGCUUUUCUAGCGGCCGUAGGCUUAGGAUAUUCCAUGACUCGAGGUUGUAUGCCAAUUUAUGUGCCGCUCUGCCUUGGUCUUAUUCAUUUUUCUAACUUUGGAUUUCUUUUGUUCUCAGAGGAAGGAAUGAGCAAGUUGUCGGCGGCGGAUACCGGGAAAGGCGAUAUGACCGAUUGGAUGGCGGACAUCUAUGAGGCCAAGAUGCAGAAAGCCAAGGCCGAGUUGGAGGAGAAGCAAGCUAAGGACGCGGCUAGGGCGUCAGGGAAGAAGAAGGGGACGACUCUGUCCCAGCUGAAGAAGAGAGCUGUGACGGCUGGCUCGGAGACUCCGAGUACCUUCAAGAAGCCAAAACCCCUACCUCGCCGUCUCGUGAAGAAAGACGAGUCGAAGGUUGCUGAGGGGGGAUGCCCUGAUGACGAAGAGAUGGGCGUGGACAAGCCGUCUCUGGUGGUGGACUUGGUGUCCAAAUCGAGGUCCGGUGGGCAUCCGGACGAGCUGGAGGACCCUCUUUCGGGAAUCCCGGCCGACGUCCGCUCUCAGAUACCGGCGGAGGUGGCCCGCCGAGCUAGGUCUUCGGGCGCCAAAGACAAAGGGAAGGAUGCAGCUGCUGCCGAGGACGAGAACGUACCUGCUACUCCCCACUAUUCGUCAAAGGAUAGGGUGGCUAUAUGCCGCAAGGUUUUUAAGGCCGUCCCCGCAGAGUAUGUUGCUUCUCUUCCUGGCCGCAAGACUGACGCCCAGUUUGGUGCGAUCCAGGCCACUCUUCUCGACUUGUUCUGCCGCAUGGAAUUCUGCAAGAGUUGGAAGACCCGCACUGCUGAGGAGCUCAAAGCUCAGGUGGCUGAGUCCACCCACCAUGGCGACUAUGCGUUCAAGUCCAUUGAAGAGGUCCUCCUGCAGAUGCAGACGACCAUAGACCUUCAAGCGAAGGAGGUGGCUGCGUUGAGAUCUGACAAGGCCGAGCUGCUUAAGAAGAUCUUGGCGCAGGACAAGGACAUGGUGGCAAUGGUCGAGGAGGCCAAGACAGCGGCGGCGGAAAUACGGGCGCUUCAGGACCAGUUGCGGGAGUACCCUCAGGUCAAAGAGGCGGCUGAGGAAGCCGAGCAUCUUCGUGGGGAGCUGGAGACGGCCAGAUCGCAAGUUCGCACCUUGCGUGAGCGUCUUCUGGAAUCCUAUGAUCAGGGGGAACAAGCGACCAAGGACGCUGUUAAGCACGCCUGGGAGAGCCACAUGUCAGAGUAUGAUCUUGGGUGGUUCCAGCGGCGAAUGGAGCACAGUGCCGCUGUGUUGGCUGCUGAACGUCUUGGUCAGCCGCCCCCUGAGUUUGUAUCAUCUGAUGACGAGGACGAUGCGGCCGCUCCCUGAUUUGCUUCCUUUCCUGCUUUUUUAAAAUUUUAUUCAAGCGUUCCCGUGCCUAAGGGCAAAAACAAUUAUGUUGUAAAGUUUUGGCGCUGAUGGCGUCUGUAUCAUUGUGCCUGCUGAGCACACAACAAUUUUCUUUCUUUUUUCUGGUCAAGAAUUCUGAGCUACUUUUACACGCCUUUCUACGGGCGUUGUUUUAUAAGUAAAUAGGUUUUUUGAUGCUUCUCUUAUCUCGCAUUUACUUGCUCUUCAUAAUUUGAUUAUUCCUUAAUCAAUAGGCUUAAUCAAUAGGUAUGAUUGCCAAGGUGCAACCGAGUGUACACUAAGCACGUUGAUGCCGCAGGCAACUGAGUAUGCGCUAGGCCCUACUUUGGUCGUCACUUUCUUUGGCGAGCGUGUCUAUAACGAUAUUGAUUGACGCAAGUCAAUCAAUAGGUAUGAUUGCCGCUAGACAUGCUCGUCAAAUGGACUGUACGGCCAAACGUUCGUGCCGCCUAACUUUGAGCAAACAACCUUUGUUUCGAAGUUAAUCGUGCCGCUGAACUUUUGAGCGGACAACCUUUGUUUCCAAGUGGUUGGUGCCGCUGGCAACUGAGCAUGUGCUAGGCCCUACUUUGGUCGUCACUUUCUUUGGCGAGCGUGUCUAUAACGAUAUUGAUUGACGCAAGUCAAUCAAUAGGUAUGAUUGCCGCUAGACAUGCUCGUCAAAUGGACUGUACGGCCAAACGUUCGUGCCGCCUAACUUUGAGCAAACAACCUUUGUUUCGAAGUUAAUCGUGCCGCUGAACUUUUGAGCGGACAACCUUUGUUUCCAAGUGGUUGGUGCCGCUGGCAACUGAGCAUGUGCUAGGCCCCACUGUGGUCGUCGCCUUCUUUGGCGAGCAUGUCUAUAACGAUAUUGAUUGGCGCAAGUCAAUCAAUAGGUAUGAUUGCCGCUAGACAUGCUCGUCAAAUGGACUGGCCGGCCAAACAUGCGUGCCGCCGC